AUGGAUUUUGAAUACAUGACCCGGAAACAAGUAAUCGUGGAGCCGAAGCGAAACGCAAACUUGGUCGUUUUUGACCUCACAGAUGAAAAGACCGCAUCCAGAGGGCAUAAUGCUCCCAACGAUGUGGAAAAACACUAUCUGACAGAACAACCAGUUCUGUGGCAUGACAAGGACCCAAAUUUCAAAAAUUAUGCUGCUCGGGCUGCAGCAUGGCGCAGCGUAAAUGAGGACAUGGGGGAUGUAUUUGAAUUCUCUUUUCAUGGUAUGUAG